CCGCUGCAUAUGAAUGAGGAGGCGUGGCGGGGGAAUACGACGUCAACGUUCGUUCGCCGUCGGCCAGAAUGGGCCGUUUCCCGGUGUUCGCGGGGGGCGCGUGUUGUUUUUUUCUUCCUCCCGUCGUAAUUCCCGCGCAGGCCCGGCUACGUCUUUACCGCGCGGUCCCAGGCGUACGCGUGUCUGUUUGGAAGGGAAAACGCCACUGAAGCCGACGGAGCUUCUUUCAAAUAGAAGUGCACGGGAGCUCGCGGGUUAGGGCUGUAUGGACGUGGCAGAGUAAACGCGUGUCAGUCUCCUGGAAAGCUGCUUGUAUUUUACAGCAUAAGUAUCCUUAGCGGAGUAAAAAAAUAAAAGGGGAGCGAUGCUUGUACCUUCUCAGGAUUUCUGCAUCCACCCAAGAACAGAAACACACUGCUUUUAGCCCCUUAAGCCUCCCUGCAUUGGCACCUCCUCGAGAUGUCCCUUAUUCACUGUACCCAUAAAAUAUCUCUUUUUUCAAAGAGUAUGUGUGUGUGUAGAGAGAAUAUAUUUUAUGUACCAUGGCGCACAGCGCAAUCCUACGCGUGCUUACUCUGUAAGAAGUGGCACGGUUUUCAGUGUGGCUUAUAGCCCAGGUAAGCCUUGCGGAGAAUGGGGGCUUCCAGUGUGGACUAGACGCUUCUAGUUACCGUCAACAUGGAAGGAAAGAUCAUUCUUACAGAUAAAUAUGUAAACAUACGACUUUUAUUCAUACAGUAAUAGAGGAAAAUAUAUAUGGUUGCACGUAAUUCUGAAAGCUUUAUUGAGUUAAUUACAUAAAAAGGAGGACGGUUUAAUGCCCCCACUUAUAACGGGCUUCAUUACUUAAGUUUUUUGGUUUUAUUAAACCCACCCUUCCAAAACUCCUGGCGUUAUUUUAUAUAUAUAUAUUCAAAAUAAAAACAACCCAAUAACACCCCCCCCUAAAAUAACCCUCUAAAUGUUAAAAGGGCAUCAUGGAGUGUGGGUGGGUGGGUGAAUGCGCGAAACGCUCGUCAGGAUCCCAUGGGUGCAUGCAAAAAGCGCGCGCCCUCGAAUUCCCGAGGGAUUUAGCUACAAAACACGGACGCCCGUAACGAGAUUUUUCCCACAUUAAGAGUACAAGUUUACUGGCAAGUCUGUUUCGCCGAGAUCAGAGAAGCGUUGUGCUCUUGAGUGUGUUUGCUUUGGUAUUUUAUACCUUACGUCCAAACACAACUAAGGGUUAAUAUCAGCGCGAUGGACAAAAAACGCCUAGAAAGAAAGCGGCUCCGACAGACUAAUCCUGUCGAGCACCGCGCAGUCGGCUUCUUUGAUCGCUCAGUCGACUUUUGCUUUUUCCAGACUAAACUACAGUAUUCCGCUUUGCUGUGUUAUCCGUGAUCGCGCGAGGGUUUGGUCACCAUGGUUACACGAGAGCCUCUCUACAUGCGCUGGAGGACUACUCUGUGAUUGCGCCAAAAGCGCGGGAAGCUGCAGUUGUCGUUCGAUCGCCUUCCCUUCGCUGCUGACUGAGAAGGGGAGACGCCAUGGCUGGCAGGCGAGGCGCACUGAUCGUGCUGGAAGGGGUGGACCGAGCUGGCAAAAGCACGCAGACCAGAAAGCUGGUGGAGGGCCUGCUGGCAGGGGGACACCGGGCCGAACUCCUUCGGUUUCCCGACAGAACUACAGAAAUCGGACAGCUGAUAAGUUCCUAUUUGGAAAAGAAGAACAACUUGGAGGAUCACACAGUGCAUCUGCUAUUUUCUGCUAAUCGCUGGGAGCAAGUGCCAUUGAUUAAAGAGAAGUUAAACCGGGGUAUUACUCUGGUAGUGGACAGAUACGCGUUUUCUGGAGUGGCCUUCACAGGUGCUAAAGAGAACUUCUCCUUGGAAUGGUGUAAGCAACCCGAUGUUGGGCUUCCAAAGCCAGACUUGAUCCUUUUUCUUCAGCUGAGCACAUCUGAAGCAGCCAAACGAGGAGACUUUGGAAAUGAACGAUAUGAGUACAGCUCUUUUCAGGAGAAAGUUCUGCAGCACUUCUACCAAUUGAUGGAAGAUAAGACUUUAAACUGGAAGGUGAUUGAUGCUUCAAAGAGCAUAGAAGACUUACACAAUGAAAUAAAAUCGUUUGCAGAGGUAGUCAUGCAAGAAGCUCAGCACAAACCCAUAGGAGAACUGUGGAACUAGGACUGGAGUAUAUCAUCUCCUAGGGGUCACUUCUCACCUAGCCAAAAUCUGCACCGUUCACCUUCAAACCACCCUGUAUUUAUAUUAUCAAACAGGAUUUGUUAGACUUGCUCUUGAUGUAGCUCUCUUCUUUCUGUUUUGGGUGGCAUUUUAUAAGAGAAUGGUCUGGCAGCUCUGACGGGACUUUGACUGGAGAAGAUGUGUGAAAGAAGCAUUAGACAAAGGUCUUUUUGUCCUACCAAGAGAGACUUAAUACUUCAGCUAUAUAGUAGCUGUUGUUUUCCAGACUCAUCAUUUUAAAACAGCUGAAUCUUUUCGUAAUGAGGGGGAAGAAGUUUACUAAUAAAUGUCAGAUUUUCAAAUAAUGUUGUCAAGCACAAACUUAUGUUGAGUGGAGAAUCUUUUUCAGCCCGAAGACCACACUGCCUCAUGGGCAACCUUUUAGAAGGCCACAUGCCAGUCGUACACAGUCUGAGAGGCAAGAAGCGGGUAGACAACAGAACAACUCUUCCCUUUGUAUGGUAAGCUACAUUCCAGCUAUGCAAAAGUCAAAGGUUCCUGUACACACAUGCACCUCUCCAGUCACACAAGCAAGAUGCAUUAUCAGAGUUCAAGGAUGUAGUCCAGCCAUACUGAAGCAGUCAAGGAAGAUCCCGUGCUGGGUUGGUAAGAGGUAUGUGCUGAGGCUAGGGGCGGGGCCUGGUCUAGAUCCAAGGGGCAGCUAGGGAAGCCUGGAGGUUCCUUAUCCCUGCAAUAUGUACUUGAUAGGAUGGCUUAAAUAACUUGAAACAUGCCCACCCCAGUGCUGAUUCAGUACCUUUCCCUCUAGAUCAGAGUGGUUAACCUGUCACCUAUAUGUUGUUGGACUUUAACUCCUAUCAGCCUUCACCAUCAUGGCCAGGGGUCAGAAAUGGUGACAACUAUAGUAUAAGAUCUGAUGGGCCACGACAUAGCCACCCCUGCUCUAGAUCAAGCUGCUUUAGGGUGACUUCAUGUGAUGUUUCACCCUGCCUUCCCAACAGAAUAGUGCAUCAACUUCCCAACCUAAAUACUUGGACCGACACACAACCCUUUGUCACAGACAGUAUUCUUCGUUUCCUACAUAAAUGGGGGAAAGUGUCAUAUGAGAGAGUUGAGGUUAUGGUACCUGGUCAAAAUAAGGCUAACUUAAUAUGGAAUCUUAACUUCAGCAUGACACAGGAACCCUCCA